CCCUUGUGCAUCUCUGCCAGUGUCCAAUAUGUGCUGCUGGCUGGCACUAUGUGUCAUGGUACAGGCACCUCUGCUGUGGCAGAUAGUGGUUGGAGCAACCUCAGCCCAUAUCUCCCAGCCCUACUAUCACCAGGAAAAUGUGAUUGAUCUUCUGGAAGCCCUGAACAUCACAAGGUCUAUAAAGGGAGUGAGCAGAAGCAAGGGUUUUGAAGCAGGUGUCCCAGCUUGGAAGUUCCGUAAGCGCGUGCCACAUCUGACCCUGCCUCGGGAUUAUGCCAUCUACUUCCUCACCUCCAUGCAGGGCUCCAUUGGCUUUCACUUUGUGGCAAAACAGAGCAGGAACUCGGAGGGGACAGUGAUCUCCUUCACUUCUCCCACCACCACCAGAAAGGAUGGGCGUCCACUUUUACAGCUUACGUCCAGCACCAGAAGCAACCAGCUGCGGCUGGAUUACCGGACUGUGCACAACAUGGAGCCAGCAUCCAUUGUCUUUCCUGGAGGGACUCCCUUUGGCAAUGGGCAGUGGGGCAGGGUGGCUUUUAAUCUGGAGUCUCAGAGAAUAACGCUUCUCAUUGACUGUGAGGAAGACAUUGUAUUUGAGAAGAACAUGGGUGAUGAUGCCAUCAGUCUGAUUCUCCCCAUCGAUUUGGAGAUUCACUUCUCCAGCACGGAAGGAGGAGACAACAAGUUCACGGGGUACUGGCAGACGGCGGAGAUCUCCCCAAGUGGAUUUGUUCGCCGCCCAUGGCACUGCGACAAUCUGCCAGAUUCCUUACCUUUGCCAUAUUCCUUGGCUGAGGAGCGUUACUCUGAUUCAGAUGAGGAAUUUCAGUUCAAUGAGGACAUCUCUGCACAUUCGAUGUCCUUAUCCGACAUCAGUCAGGAUCAGCAGCAGCAAAAUGACGCAGAGGCUUCACUAUUGACCCAUAACCUAAAGCCCAGAAGCCAAGAGCAGCAGUUGGAUAGGUUGGAGGAGAUGGUGACCGCACUCAGCACAAUGUUGGACAUGGUCAAAGCUCAGAAUUCAGAGCUGUUGCAGCGGGUCAAGCACCUUGAGGCAUGUGAAUGCAGGAAACCCGUGUGUUCGUGGCAGGGAAGGGAGUACGAGGAGGGCCAAUCAUGGGUCCUGGACACCUGCAACACCUGUGUCUGCACCAAGGGAGAGAUACGGUGCUCAAAGCAAAGGGACAGCCCCUUCUGUCAGGAUCCUUGUUCUAGCAACCCCUGCAAACAUGGGGGUGUCUGCCAUCCACUCACCUCUGACUCCAGAAUGCAACGUUCAGGGUUUACGUGCAACUGCCCAACGACAUCCACAGGGCACUUAUGUGAAGAUCGCUUGGUCCAGGUGUGUACACUGCCUUGUGUUGAAGGCCGUUGCAAUGGGGGACGCAGUGUUCCCACAAGGCGCUGGUUUUACAGCAGCUCUUCAGGUCUGUGUGAAGCAUUUAAUUACAGCGGCUGUGGAGGCAACGCCAACAACUUUGAAACGCAUGAGGAAUGCAAGAAGAGGUGCGAAGUUGGAGCUUGCUGCUUCCGGCAGCCUAAGUUGUCCAACGUUCUAAUUGGCUAUGACCACGAAGGCUACGAUCGCUAUGGGUACAACAUAUCUGGAAUGGACCGGAGUGGAAGACAAGUGGUGGCAUUUAACCCAGUACGUUCUGGGCCUGCGCUGUUUGGUCCGAAUGGGCAGGUCUUCAGCGGCCUGAGUGAUGGACGAGAGUUCGACAAGUACGGGUUUGAUAAACAGGGAUAUGACCGAGAUGGGUUCCACAGGGACACUGGGUUUAACCUCACGGGCUACAACAAGAAAGGGGAGCAUGACUCGAGAGCAGAGUUUGAUGCAGCAGGAUUCGAUGCAAACGGUUACAACCGAGCCCAGUUUGACUGUGUUGGGAUGAACCGUGAGGGUUUCAACUAUCUUGGCUUCUCUGCAGCUUACAUCUAUCACUGUGAAUAUCUGCCAGCCUCUCAUUGCCAAGCUAUCAACAGAGUUGACCUGAGGAGAGAAGUGGUCAGCUUCAGGCCAGGCCAAAGGUGUGAGGACGUUCAGUGUGGCCAGAGCUGUGGAUGUACCUUCCACGGUCGCUCCUACCGCUUUGGAGAAUCCUUUGAGUAUGCCUGCGAGAUAUGCCUGUGCAGCUACACUGGGGUGAUUGAGUGCAACUGUCGGCAUGUCAGUCAACGCAAGGAGAUCCGGGACAUGAUGGCCGAGGAAAUGAUGGUUUACCAGGCAGCAAUACGGGAUCUCUACUACAAACAAGGUAUCUGGGAGGAAUUUGCCAAGCUGAAAGCAGAGUACUCACCGCAAGCCAAUGGACUGUCCACCUUCCUCCCCUGGCACCGUUACUUCCUCCGAAUGGUGGAACGAGAACUGCAGAAGGUAUCAUGUGACAUCAGCAUCCCAUAUUUUGAAUGGACCAUUGAUGCAGGUUCGAUGGAAAGCUCUACAGCAUGGCAAGGAAACUUUUUUGGGGGAAACGGAGACUCUGAAACGGACUGUGUCUCCUAUCAUCCUUUCCAGCAGGACAGCAAAUGGGUACCUUGCCUCCGUCGACGUUUCAAUUCUUCCAUCGCUCUUCCAGAUGCAAUCAACAUUCAGCUGAUAUUAGCAGAACAAGACUUUGCCCAGUUCUCCAUUCAGAUGGAAGCCAUCUCGGGGCUCUUCCACCUCUGGGUUGGAGGUCACAUGGCCUCUCCUUUCAGUCCAUAUGAUCCAAUUUUCCUGUCUCAUUAUGCAUUUGUAGAUAAACUUUGGAGUCACUGGCAAGACCGCAGCCCCAGUGGUCUGCCUCGUUACCCAUCUGAGCCCCGAUAUGUGAAGAUGAAGCCAUUUGACAUUGCCCCUGAUGACCUCUUGUUAUCUCAGCAGCAGCUUUGCACAGUUUAUGUUCCAGUCACACUCGGUGCUCCAUGCAACUAUACAAAAUCCAAUUCCCUCCACCAUGACCAGAACGGCUAUAACAGGAAAGAUUUUGAUCAAAGUGCACAACCAGACACACAAAAAACUUACGAUAUUCAUGGGUACGACCGUCAGGGUUAUGAUCGCAACGGCUUUGACCAGACUGGUUGGGAUUGUAAUGGUUACGGCAGAGACCAUUUCAACCGGGACGGUUUUGACAUUGAAGGAUUUGAUGUUUCAGGAUAUAAUCGGUACGGUUUCAAUCGGUCUUUGGUCACACCAUUUGGAAUGAGGAAAGAUGAGACCUAUCUGCCUUAUGUUAAGGUAGAAGUUAUUGAGUCACUCUUUGAUGGUGGCUAUAACACUUACGGAUAUAACAAGUUUGGCUUGGAUAAGAAUGGGUUUGACGUGUUUGGUUUUGAUGAGAAUGGGUAUGACAAAGACAACUGCAAUUAUUUCUUUAGAGGCCCCCAUCACAUGAGAUUCUACUUCUUCGUCCAGCAGCAGCUGUACAUGGCAAACAUGGAACUGCUGCUCAAUAUUAAACGUAUCUGCCCAGCAAUAACCCCACUCCCAGAUUGGUGGCUUGUUCAGAAUUGGAUGAUCACUGAUGUGCAGGACACAGUCACUGUCAUACGGCAGAUUGAACAGAAGUGGGCAUCGCAUCAUCGUUUUGACAGUGGAUAUAUCCCCAACAUUUCCUCAGUGAAAGACAAUGGCCUUUGGCUUCCUGUAACCCCUGACCUCAGGUUUUGCUUCGAGCUGCACUGGUAUUCGGGCUGCCCCAUGGGCACUCAGCCAGUCAGCUGCCCCGACCUGUGCCACAACACUGAGUGCAUGGGGUUCCCGAAUGCAGAGUGCCGGGUCCACCGCUGUGGAGCCUGUUUCAGCGAGUGGUAUGACCGGACAACAGGCCGCCACGUCAUGUGUCAGGGUUGUAUAGAUGACAUGGGCAUGAGUCACAUGGAUGGUUCGAGCUGGCAGUCUGGAUGCCAGCUAUGUAUGUGCCAGGGUGGUGCUGUGUCAUGUUCGAAGCUGCACUGUCCAGACCCUGGGAGCUGCCAACAUCCAGCCCAGGACCCGAGUCAAUGCUGUUCUUCUUGUGAUGGUUGCAGCUAUAAUGGACAGACUUUUCAGAAUGGAGAUUCGGUCAUCAUCGACACUUGCACGUCCUGUGUGUGUCUGAAUGGAGAUGUAUCCUGUGCGCCUGUGCAGUGUCAGACUCUGAGCUGUAAGGAUGUUGUGCAGAGACCGGGAUCUUGCUGCCCAGAGUGCGCCCAAGGCUGUGCCAAUGGAAGAGCUCAUGGGGAGAGCUGGAAGCCUGAAACGUGUACACAAUGCUCAUGUGAGGAUGGAAAUGUUCAGUGCAAGGAGGUCACCUGUCUAGACCUUACCUGUUUAGACCAAUACAAGCCAGCUGGAGAAUGCUGCCCCAUCUGUCGGCCAGGUUGUGAAUAUGAAGGGAAGCAGUAUAUAAAUGGAGACGUUUUCUCAUCGAUUACCAAUCCCUGCAUGAACUGUUCAUGUGUGAACAGCUUGGUGAGAUGUGCUCCUCUGCAGUGUCAGCCUCUGUUGUGUUCUCAUCCAGUCCAGGAAUCUGGUCAGUGCUGCCCCAGCUGUCCAGGCUGUGAGCUGGACAGAGUCAUUUUGGAUCAUGGCCAGACAUUCACAUCACUGGAUGGCUGCCGAACGUGUUCUUGUGUGGAAGGGCAGGUUGUAUGUGAAGAGAAACACUGUGAGGCUACCUGCAGGAAUCCAGUCCCACCCCCAUAUGGAACGUGCUGUCCCCUCUGCGUUGAUUGUUCUAUCAAUGGACAGAUACACCUGGAUGGAGAGAAGGUGCCCAGUGGGGAUCCAUGUACAGAUUGUAGCUGUCGGGCUGGAGAUGUUCACUGUGUGCCUGUGUCUUGUCAGCCUGUGAUUUGCAGGGACCCCAUCCAGGAACCAGGGGAAUGCUGUCCCAGGUGUGGGGAAUGUGAGUACGAGUCUCAGACUUUCUCUGACGGACAGACCUUCGUACCUCGAUCAAAACCCUGCCUGAUCUGCCGUUGUGAGGCUGGUAAAAUAUCAUGUGACCGAAUGACCCAGAAUUGUCCACCUGUUCGAUGUAGUCAUCCGGCCAAUCUGGUGGGACAGUGCUGCCCAUCAUGUGACAUGUGUGAGUACGAGAGUGCGCUCAUUAGCAAUGGUCAGACAUUCCAGCCACCAUUUGCUGGGCCCUGCAUUCAGUGUACCUGUACAGAUGGAAAUGUACGAUGUCAGGAGGAGGUCUGUCAGUCUCUGACUUGUGCCAACCCAAUCAAACAUCCAGACCAGUGCUGCCCUACAUGUAAAGUGUGUGUUGUACAGGGAAUGGAGUAUGAAGAUGGAAUAAAAUGGGAGCCGGAGGAGAGCCCGUGCACCACCUGUACCUGUGUCAAUGGAGACACCAUCUGCAGACCCAAACAGUGCCCAGUUGUCAACUGCCAACACCCUGCUAACAAUGGUGAUUGCUGUCUCUCUUGUGACCAAUGCACUUACAACAAGCGACAGUACAGCAAUGGGCAGGAGUUCAUUGAUCCAGACAACCCGUGUCAGAAUUGUCGCUGUCAGACCGGUACAGUACAUUGUGUCCCGACUGAUUGCCCCCCCGUCACCUGCAACAGGCCAGAAAGGAAGCCAGGCCAAUGCUGUGCAAAGUGUCCUGACUGUGUACUUGAGGAUCAAGUGUUAGUGGAUGGACAGCGGUUCCCAAAUCCUGAAAAUUCUUGCCAGGAAUGUGUCUGCUUGAAUGGCCAGGUGAUCUGUAAGAACAGAGAUUGUAUCAGCGCCCUUUGCUCCUAUCCACUAUCUGGGACCUGCUGCCAAAACAACUGCAACGGUUGUCAAUAUGCUGGUAAGGAGUAUCCUAAUGGUGCUGAUUUUCCACACCCGACUAACAAGUGCAAGGAGUGUCAUUGCAUUAAUGGAAAUGUGCAAUGUCUGUCAAGGAGGUGUCCUCCUCUCUCAUGCAAUGACCCAUUCCACCUGCCUGGAAGCUGUUGCCUUCAAUGUCCAGCUCCGCCAGCUGAAUGUCUAUACUCUGGCAUUCUUUACAAACACAUGCAGCAUUUCUAUGACCCUUUGGAUAAAUGUCGCUCCUGUAUGUGUACUAAUGGCACCAUCACGUGUCAGAGGAAGCCAUGUGCCCCCCUACAGAUGAGUAGCGACAAAGACGUGGCUGUCUGCUGGGUGGAAAAAGAAUAUGCAAAUGGAGAACAAUUUGCCGAUGUGUCGAUGACUGCAAUGUUUGUGAGUGUAGAGAGGGCAGCGUAUUGUGUUGAGAGGAGAGCCUGCCUUCUGUGCUGGGAGUGUCCCUUCCCCACACAGGACCACUGCUGUAAAGCCUGUGAUGGUUGUAAUUACAUGGGGGUGGAGUAUCUGAAUGGCCAGGAGUUUCCUGGGCCAUUGGAUCCCUGCACUCGCUGUGAGUGUAUGAACGGGUUUGUCAGCUGUUCGAGGAGACCAUGUUACAACCCAGGUUGCAGCCAUCCCAUCAAUCUCCCCACACAGUGCUGCCCUGUCUGUGAAGGCUGCUACUAUGCCGGUGUUGGUAUCAGCAAUGGACAGACAUUUGCGGACCCAAGCGACUUAUGUUCUCAGUGUACCUGCCGGAUGGGCUCGGUGCAAUGUGUGAGGAAGUUGUGUGCUCCAGCUCCCUGCUCCCAUCCAAUCACUGGACCCUGUGACUGCCCCCAGUGUGAUGGUUGUUAUUUCCAGGGUGAAGAUUACGCAGAAGGAGCCACAUUCCCUGCACCCAAAGGGAAAUGUGAGGAGUGUCAAUGCUGGAAGGGACAAGUGAUUUGUGACACAAAACAGUGCAAGAAAGUGCUGUGUCCCCACCCUACAAUCAAUCACUGUGGCUGUCCAGUGUGUGAGGGCUGUCAGUACAAAGAGAGAGAUUGUAAAAAUGGUGAAAAGUUCCCAGACCCAAGCAACAAGUGUAACCGCUGCAUCUGUGUGAAUGGGGCAGUUACUUGUGAGCCUGAUCCCUGUCCGUCCGUCACAUGUCAGAACCCAGUGACUCCUCACGGUGAAUGCUGUCCACAGUGUACUGGGAUCUGCCACUACCUGGGUCGAGUGUACAAGAGUGGAGCCACCUUCAACUCGCCUGCGGAGAAGUGCUCAAAGUGCACUUGUCUGGCUGAAGUGGUGACCUGCUGGCAGAAGCCUUGUUCUGAGCAGUGCACCCAUCCAGUCCCCAGCACUGGCUGUUGUCCCACCUGCAAUCACUGUUUUUUCGAGGGCUUGGAAUACAAGAACCGAGACACCUUCUUCCCUCCGUCUGAUCCCUGUAAACGCUGCAGCUGCCUCAAAGGGAAUGUGUUGUGUUUGGAUGUUGUGUGUCCUCGGGUAACCUGUUUGGAGCCGAUUAAACCGAACCAGUGUUGUCCAGAAUGCCCAGUCUGUAUCCAACAAGGAAAGCACUAUGCAGAAGGAUCACAUUGGGUUUCAGCCACAAAUCCCUGCUACAAGUGUGUGUGUACACGAGGCAAGGUGACCUGUUUGGAGCCAGAAUGUGAGGUGACAUGUCAGUACCCCACAAAGACUCCUGGCCAGUGCUGCCCAGUUUGUCACGACUGUCACUUUGAAGACAAUAUCUACAGACAUGGAGAAUCUUUCAAACUGGACCCCUGCAGAGACUGUUCAUGCAGCGGUGGCAAUGUUCAUUGUUUGACCAUUGAGUGCCCAACACUUAGCUGUGGGCAACAGGUUACGCCUACGGGAUCUUGCUGCCCACAGUGUCGAGGAUGUAUGUACCUCGGGAAGGAAUACCAGGAAGGAGGAACUUGGUUUGAUCCCUCGGUUCCCUGCAUAAUUAUGUGUGCAGAUGGAGUCACAACCUGCUCGGAAAUUCAUUGCGUCACUCCAUGCAAGAAUGUUAUCCACGUGACUGGGGAAUGUUGCCCACUGUGUGCUGAUUGCAUUUAUGACCAACACGUGUAUGGCCCUGGAGAGAGUUUCCAUCCCAACCAGGAUCCCUGUGAAAUCUGCACUUGUGAGGUAAUGGUGGAUGGAGAGCAGCAUCUCCGGUGUUACCGCCGUCAGUGUCCCAGCUUGGUGGACUGUCCAAGGGAUUUGAUUCUUGCCCCAGAUCCAGCUCACUGUUGCUCUAGCUGUGCCCAGCCAUUGAGUAACUGCACUACUGCCCUGGUAGGGAGUGAACUCCUCGCCACUGACGAUUCCUGUUACACCUGCCAGUGCAAGGAUUUAACUUGGAUCUGCAUCCAUCAGAGUUGUCUCCCGCUCAGCUGCCCUGUCUCUGAGCAGUUUACUCCAGCAGGUACCUGCUGCCCAGUAUGCGAUGAAUGUGUGAUCGAGGGUGAGAAUCGCCGUGUUUCUGAUGGUGAAACCUGGACUGACUCUGUUGAUGAAUGCAUCACAUGCUCCUGCAAUCUUGGACACGUUGAGUGCCACAUUGAAGAAUGUCUCUCUGUCAUCUGCCAUGAUGGCCUUAUUAAAGUCCGAUCACCAGGAAGAUGCUGCUAUGAGUGCCAAGAUCCCAGGAUUUCCUGCAGCUACCAGGGAAACUCGUACCAGUCAAACCAACACUGGGAAGUGAAUGAAUGUACCACCUGCACCUGUGUCUCUGGGGAGGUCCACUGUCAGACCGAGCACUGUCCACAGCUCACCUGUUCAUUGGAUGAGAGCCCAGUACUAAUCCCAGGAAUGUGUUGCCCUCACUGCAUACCCCGCCCUGCCACCUGCAUGGUGUUUGGAGAUCCUCACUACCUCACCUUUGACGGAAAGAUGAUUCACUUCCAAGGAACAUGCAGCUACAUCCUGGUUGAGGACUGCGAGGGAGGAGACUUCAGUGUCCGUGUGACCAAUGAGGAUCGAGGUCGGAAAGGAGUGUCAUGGACCAAAGAAGUGACGAUGCUGAUCGGUGACCUAAACAUCCAACUUCUCCAAGACUGGGUUGUCAUGGUGGACAGCCACAGUGUGUCUCUACCUUUUCUCCAGGAGCCAUACAUCUACAUCGAGAGAAGAACCAACAAUAUCUUGCUCAACACCAACAUCGGUGUGAAGGUCCUAUGGAAUGGGAGAUCUCACCUGGAAGUGAGCUUGCCCGGAACCUAUAAAGGCCAGGCAUGUGGGCUGUGUGGGAACUUCAACAACUACCCCCAGGAUGAUAUGCGGAUCCGCAGUGGACAAAUCGUCAGCUCAGAAGCAACCUUUGGGAACAGCUGGAAGGUACACAGUGGAAAUGAGAGCAGACCUCGUUGUGCAGAUGCUGAAGACAUCGACCCCUGUAAACGGGCAGGUUACCGAGCUCGCAAAGAGGCCAAUGCCAAGUGCAAGAUCCUUAAGUCCAAGACCUUUGAGCGUUGUCACAGGGUGGUGCCACCUGAGAUGUUCUUUGGCUCCUGCGUGUAUGACCUGUGUGCCUGCGGUUCGAAUAUCGACGACUGCUUGUGCGAUGCUUUGGAGGCUUAUGCAUCACAAUGUCGAGAGGCUGGAGUUGUCCUGCACUGGCGAUCACCAACACUCUGUGCGGUCGGCUGCCCAUCUGAUCGUGGCUACGUGUUUGACGAGUGUGGCCCUCCGUGCCCAAAGACGUGUUUUAACAAGGAUGUUCCCCUGGGAGUGAUUGACGCCCACUGCUUCAAGCCUUGUGUCCCAGGCUGUCAGUGUCCAGCCGGUCUGGUGGAACACGAGUCACAUUGUAUAUCACCAGACGCCUGUCCCAAAAUCAUUUACGGAAAUUUGUGAUUCACACUCUUACAGACAGACGAGCGCACACACACCCACAUACACAGAAACAUCAAGCACUAUCAAUGCACUUGUUGCCAAUGUUUUACAGCAGAAAGGUGAAGAGGAAAAAAUACAAAUGACAUUGAAGUGAGAGAACAAACUAAUAACUUCUAAUGUUGGCCCAUGCACUCAGGACAGCAGGACCAGGUACAAGCAUAGAGUGCAAAACCCUUAAAGCAGUUGCAUUAGGAAGUCUCAUCCCUCUCUGUUCAGCUAGUGUAUGCGUAUCUGCCAUCUGGAGUGUUUUUGUUAAUUUUCUGUCUUCAAGUCACUGUUUCUGAGCAUAAUUGUUAUAACUGUUCACUGUAUUAUGUAAAUUAUAUUUUCAGUUUUAUAGUUAAGAUGGGUAUGAUAUCCAGUUAGAGGCUGUGAAAGGGAUUCUAGAUUCUUGGACCUCAUCAUUAUUAAAUUUGGUUAUGUUUAUAUUCAAUCUAGACAGUCCUAUGCAGAGUAUAGAGAAAGCAUUCAGAGCAAAGCUGCCAUGUGAAUUCUAAACUAAUUUCAUUGCCUGGUAAUCUGGCUCUGAUACUGAAUCAAUCCCCAACUAACCUAAUCCCCCGAUCUCUCCAUAUCUUUGUGUAACUAAUUGUUGGUUCCACAAUUCUCUUCCCUUUCUCUUGCAGAAGAGUGUGUAUGUGUGUGUGUGAGAGAGAGAUCUAUUCCAGCAUUCAUGGUAUUGGCAAAACUCUACUAUUCUCUACAGGCUUUAGAAUCUUUGAGGAAUUUCCUUACUGAAAAAUGUUGGGAUUGUGCCACUCCACUACUCAUCUAAGGGGAAGCUCCUCAUGCAGUACUGUACUAGUUUUUGUUCUUAGGUUUUGUGGAUGGGACUUGAAUUCAGUGACACCAUUAAUGGUAUGUGAUAAUCCUUGAGCAAGUUAUCACUUUAUUGAGCAUUUAAUCCAUAGGAUCUGUCCCAUACUAAAGUCAAUAGCUCUCCUUCAUGAGAACGUUACAUCCCUUUUUUAAUACUUUGAGAUGAGCCUCUCCAGGGAUCUGGAGUUAAGAUUUUAAGAAACAGAAUUUAUUUAAUCUUUGUUCACAUUUUAUC